ACGCAGACGCAGACGCGUGGCCUGGGCCUGGGCUCCACAGCCGGUGCCGAGGUGUCCUGGGGCUCCCCGCCCGCCGGCCCCGGGGCCCCGGCGGCACCCGAGCUCCUGGGGAACAGGAUCCCCGAUAUGGGUCCCUGGGUGACACCCCCUUACUGCGCUGGGAUGCAGUCGCCCCCGCAACUGUCCCAAGGGAGAGCCCCCGACGCGGCCCUUUGGACGCCGCCCCAGGUCUGCUCGGGAGCACGGACGGGCCCAGAGCCCAGGAGCCAGGCUACGUACUGGACGCCGCCCCCCGCGGCCCCGGAGCUGGCUGCGGGGUACCAGGGUAUCUCUCUGUCUCUGGAGGCCUGUCUGUUGCCAGAAACUCUGCCCCGCCCAGCAUGCCAGAGACUCCAGCCUCAGACCCAGCACGGAUGCUGGAGCCACAGUGCAGAGGUGCUGGCUCGCUUGGAGGACCCGGGCCCGGGCCCCGCCUUCUGCCUCAGUGAUGACAGCCCUCCCCAGAGCUCAGGCCUGCAGCUCAGUGGCUGCCCUGAACUUUGGCAGGAAGAGCUGGAGGGGGCCCACCUGGGCAUCCUCUCCUAACGGCCUGGCCUGCCCCU